AUGUUUAAUCAAAUAAACUUUCGCAGUUCGUUUAAACAAUCAAAUAAUACUAGUUUAAAUAAUUCGACUACAGAAGUGAAGCCAAGUGCUUGUGUUUGUGGUGGUGGAUUGUGCUCUUGUUGUUCUCGAAUUUUGUAUGAUACUUGGAAACAAAAAGCUUGUGUAGAAGUUACCUAUGAACCAGAUGAGUUCAGUUUCACAGCUAAAAUCUUAUUAAAUGGUCGAGUUAUGUAUACACGAACUAUUUCCGGAAAAAAUCCAAGACCUAUAUGCAUUCCCCUACCAAGGAUCCCUGGAGUGAGAGCUUGUGUCAGAUUUUAUAACAUUUAUUUUCAAGGUCGAAAUAUUCAUCUCUGCGUCAACUUAGAAGCCAAGUUUGGUGAUACUACGCUACUUAAAAUGGGUCUUGAUUGUCUGAGAUUUGGUGCUAACGGAGUUGCUCUUGUCAAACCAGAAGAUGGUACUGGACUUGGAGAAGUUGAAUUUUUACCUGACACUUAUGAUGAUGACAAUGACGAUGAUGAUGAUGAUGGUGAUGACGAUGAUGAUUAUGAUGAUGAUUACUAAUUUUAA